AUGUGCCAACAUCAUCACAACCGACCAAAGAGGGAUCCAUGCUCAGCGGCUAAUAAUAAUGAGAUCACUGUCGAGCACACAGCCAUCAAAUGGACCGUCUCGUUUCAACUAAAAAUGAUAAUCGGCCAGGCGACACUCCGAUGCAGAUGCCUCACCGACGCCACAAAGCUGGUCCUCGAUGUUCGUGAUCUAUCGAUCCGAUCAGUAUCGAUCAAUGGAACAGAUUGUGACUAUAUAAUUGCACCAAAUGUAUAUACAUUCUUCAGAUCGAAAAUGAGCGUAUACUUGCCACCACAAUUUCAGAAAGCUGGAACUAUCUUGCAAGUCACAGUAUCCUAUGGAACAUCUCCAGAAGCCACCGCAUUGCAAUGGAUGAAGAAGGAGCAGACUGCUGAUAAGAAAAUGCCAUAUCUCUUCUCCCAAUGCCAAGCUAUUCACGCCCGUUCCAUUGUCCCUUGCAUGGAUACCCCAUCUGUAAAAUCUACAUAUGAAGCUGAGGUUACAGUACCUACUGGAAUGACCUGUCUGAUGUCAGCAAUUGGUCAAGGAUCUAAAGGAGACGAUGAGACCACCACAUUCUUCUACAAACAACCAGUUGCCAUUCCAAGUUAUCUCAUUGCUAUUGUUGUUGGAUGUUUGGAAAAGAGAGAUAUCAGUGAUAGAUGUGCAGUAUGGGCCGAGCCAUCAGUAGUUGAUAAGGCUCAUUGGGAAUUCGCGGAAACUGAAGACAUCUUGGCUUCAGCUGAAGAGAUCGCUGGAAAAUACAUUUGGGGACGGUACGAUAUGGUAUGCCUUCCACCAUCUUUCCCAUUCGGAGGAAUGGAAAACCCAUGUUUGACAUUCCUAACACCGACACUGAUAGCUGGAGAUCGUUCGCUGGUCAGUGUGAUUGCUCAUGAGAUUGCACACAGUUGGUCAGGCAACUUGGUGACGAAUUCAAGUUGGGAGCACUUUUGGUUAAACGAGGGAUUCACAAUGUUCAUUGAGAGAAAGAUCUGUGGACGGCUAGUUUCCGAAGACUACAGACAGUUUAUGGCUUUCAAUGGAUGGACAAACUCCCUCAUUCCAGCUGUAUACGAACAAUUCACACCCACUCAUCAAUUCACAAAAUUGAUUCAAGAUCAUACGAAUGUGGAUCCAGAUGUUGCAUUUUCGUGUGUCCCAUAUGAAAAGGGAUCUGCUUUGCUCUUCUAUUUGGAACAGAAACUUGGAGGAAGUGAAGUUUUUGAGGCAUACCUCAAGGAUUAUCUGAAAACCUUUGCUCAUCAAGCAAUCGAUAGUUGGCAGUGGAAAGAUCAUCUCUAUAAAUACUUUGCGGAUCAGAAAGAGGUCUUGGACUCGAUUAACUUUGAUAUCUGGUUCAAUGGAGUUGGAAUGCCACCAGAGAAACCAAAUUACGGACAGUCUAUGGUGGAAGCCUGCGAGGUUCUACUCAAGAAAUGGCUUGACGCUGAUGAGCAUACUGUGGGAGAUAUCACAGGAGACGAUUAUUAUGCCAUGCAACCACUUCAACAAAUCGAGUUGUUGUCCCAACUAUGGCAACAUAAUCCACCGAUUGAGCAUUGGAAGUUGGAUGCAUUGAAUAAGUUGUACAAAUUGAAUGAGUCCCAAAAUUCAGAGUUAUUGUUGAACUGGCUUCGUUUGUGUAUCAAGUCCAAGUGGGAGGCAUGCAUUCCAAAAGCUCUUGAUUUUGUCAACUCACAAGGACGUCUGAAGUUCUGCAGACCAAUUUACCGAGACCUCGCCCAGUGGCCAGUUGCCAACAAAAAGGCUCGUGAUGUUUACCUCAAAGGACGCAGUCAAAUGCACCCAAUCACUGCCGAAAUGAUCGCCAAGGACCUCCAUAUCAGACACUCCACCCACACCGUUUGUUUCUAA